AUGACUAUGCUGGCUCUUUCUAAGGAUCUGUUGCAACAACAGCUCUUUGAAUUCUCAGCCAAUCUGGAACCCCACAAGAUGGAAAAGAUUAAUCUGAACUGUCCCUUGAGAGUUGUCUAUUUACUUCCCUCCAGCCACUCAUGCCAUCUGCCUUUUCUUUUCACCCAGGUUAUUCUCUUCUGGUUCAACCUAGCUGCUGCCUCUAUUGGUGAUGAACACUGUGGAAAUCUUUCUUCUGCCAACAAUAUUACUGGCCCUCAGUGCAAUGCCUUAGUGGAUCUAAUUGGGACAUGUUGGCCACGCAGCCUUGCAGGACAGCUGGUAGCGCAUCCCUGCCCUGAAUAUUUCUCUGGAGUGCGAUAUAAUACCUCAAACAAUGUGUACAGAGAAUGUUUUGCAAAUGGGACCUGGGCAGCCCGUGUGAAUUAUUCCCAGUGCCAAGAGAUCCUCCAUGAGGAGAAGAGAAGCAAAUUGCAUUAUCACAUUGCUGUUGUGAUUAACUACCUUGGGCACUGCAUUUCUCUGGGGGCAUUGCUGGCAGCUUUUAUCCUCUUCAUGCGACUUCGGAGUAUCCGAUGCCUACGAAAUAUUAUCCACUGGAACCUGAUCACUGCUUUCAUCUUGCGGAAUGCCACAUGGUUUGUGGUACAACUCACCAUGAAUCCAGAAGUGCAUGAAAGCAAUGUGCCAUGGUGCCGUCUGGUCACAGCUGCCUACAACUAUUUCCAUGUCACUAACUUCUUCUGGAUGUUCGGUGAGGGAUGCUAUCUGCACACUGCUAUUGUUCUCACCUAUUCAACAGACAAGCUGCGAAAGUGGAUGUUCAUCUGUCUUGGCUGGUGCAUCCCUUUCCCCAUCAUUGUUGCCUGGGCCAUUGGAAAACUCUACUAUGACAACGAGAAGUGCUGGUUUGGAAAGCGCACAGGAAUUUACACUGAUUACAUCUAUCAAGGUCCAAUGAUAUUGGUGCUGUUGAUCAAUUUUAUUUUUUUAUUCAAUAUUGUCAGAAUCCUGAUGACCAAGCUUCGGGCCUCGACCACCUCAGAGACCAUACAGUACAGGAAAGCAGUGAAGGCCACCCUUGUGCUUCUUCCAUUACUAGGAAUAACCUACAUGCUUUUCUUUGUUAACCCUGGAGAAGAUGAAAUAUCCAGGAUAGUCUUCAUUUACUUCAACUCCCUUUUGGAGUCCUUCCAGGGCUUUUUUGUCUCCGUUUUCUACUGCUUCCUGAACAGCGAGGUCCGUUCUGCAGUACGAAAGAGGUGGCACCGAUGGCAGGACAAACACUCCAUCCGUGCCCGAGUAGCAAGGGCCAUGUCCAUUCCUACAUCCCCAACUCGUGUCAGUUUCCACAGCAUCAAGCAAUCAACAGCUCUCUGAGAGUCAAAGUUUAGGGAGAAAAUUUUUACUGUCUUUCCUAAGUUACAGUUUAGGAAAGGCCAAGAGAUUUUGUCCGCAUUUUGCAGACAUUUUAUGGUAGAAACUGUUUGCAUUGGAAGGGAAUGUUUGUGAGAUUGGAACUGCAAGUCCUGGCAAACCAAGUGGUUCUGAGACAAGGUGAAUUCCAAGGCCUACGACCGCAA